AUGUCUGAACUCUUGCUGCAGGUGGAGGAGGAACUCUUGGAGCAGGAGUUUCUUGAGCGCUGUUUCCAAGAGAUGUUGGAGGAGGAGGAUCAAGAUUGGUUUAUUCCUUCCAGAGACCUUCCCCCUGGAGUGGGGCAGAUCCAACAACAGCUCAGUGGCCUCUCAGUCAGUGAUGGAAAUGCAGAAGACAUUGCACGCAAGAGCAGCUUGAACCCAGAGGCCAAGGAGUUUGUUCCAGGCAUGAAAUAUUAGAGACCCUUCUGUUAGGGGCUCCUUUAUAGAGACUUUAUGUGACCUCUGUUUGCCAGAGGUCACCCUCACACAUACUUCGAUCUUACUGGGGUUGUGUGGGGCUUGAUGGGGUGGGGCUUGUGGGUGGGGGGUACUGGAUGCUCUUCUAUAAGCUUUUUAUUUCCGUCUGUCUCCAUGUAUAAUGUGGGCGGGUUAAUCAUUGUAAUGUUCCUAUUGGACCGCUGCAGAUUGUGGCUAGUUCUCCUGGAAGAUCGUUGUGUUAAUCUCAGAGGAUCAGUUUUGUGAUUUCCACUAUUGUGAUAGAGACUAGCAGUUUGUCCCUGUGUCAUUGCCAUUUUCUUUUUUUCAGUCUUUUAUUUUCUUUAGAAGGCCGUUUGGUGGGGAGGCGUGUCAUUAGAGUGGGAGGGAGGGAAUAGGACUGGGUCAGAGGAAACCUGACAGUUUAAAGGACCGUUGGCAGGUGGACCAUUCGAUGGACAGAAAUGGUGGCAGCUGACAACCUUUGAGGGAUUUUCACAGAAACACUUUUCCUGUUUCUUUUCUCCUUCCUCCAUUGAAGUUCUGUCACAGUGUGCAACAUGCAUUAACAAAAAUGGAAAAAAACAAAUAAAAGAAGCAGGUUCCCUCCUGGACAUUUUUUUCUGUC